GCGGGGCCGCGGGGCCGGGGCGCCAUGGGCAACCUGUUCGGCCGCAAGAAGCAGAGCCGGGUCACCGAGCAAGACAAGGCCGUCCUGCAACUGAAGCAGCAGCGGGACAAGCUGAAGCGGUACCAGAAGAGGAUCACCCAGCAGUUGGAGCAGGAGCGCGAGAUCGCCAGGCAGCUCCUGCGGGACGGGAGGAAGGAACGGGCCAAGCUGCUGCUCAAGAAGAAGCGGUACCGGGAGCAGCUUCUGGAUAAGACAGAAAACCAAAUCACCAGCCUGGAAACGAUGGUCCAGAGCAUUGAGUUCACCCAGAUUGAAAUGAAGGUGGUCGAAGGGCUGCAGAUUGGAAAUGAGUGUCUGAAAAAGAUGCACCAGGUGAUGUCCAUAGAAGAAGUGGAGCGGAUACUGGAGGAGACCCAGGAGGCUGUGGAGUACCAGCGGCAAAUAGAUGAGCUGUUGGCAGGAAGCUUCACUCAGGAAGAUGAAGAUGCCAUCCUGGAGGAGCUGAAUGCAAUCACUCAGGAGCAGCUAGAGCUCCCAGAGGUCCCUUCAGAGCCGCUUCCCGAAAAGAAACCAGAGCAAGUCCCCCGCGAGGCCAGGCCCAAGCAGGUGGAACUGGUGGCAGCCUCGUAACUUGGCCUCUUCUUCUGGGACUGGCGGGGACUCCCCAGAGACUGGGGCCCACAGAGUUUGGGUGCGUGGUCAGCCCUGACCCGGCUCCCAGGAGGCCGGUUCCAGGCCAGGCCGGUCAGGUGCUGACGGAGCAGCGUGGCACACACAGGGCUCCAUUCCAGGGUGACUCUGCGGAGGAGCGCUUCCCAGGCGCUGCUGUCUUGCUCUCAUUUGUGGAUUAAAUGGCAACAUUCAGAACUUCCGGCCACCCACGGCCUCUGAUGCU